CCCGCGGGUCAAGUUUAAUGGGUUUUGCCAGCACAGACGUGUGCAAGGGUAACAACUUACCAGUACGCAGCGAUCACCUAGAAUAACGUUCACAGUUACGGAAGGAUCCCAGAAGCACUGCCUGAUUCUCAAUUCUCAAUGAUAUUCAUCCAAUGACCUGUUCGCACUUUGCAUCUGGGUUAUCUUCUCCUUUCCUGUGUUGCUGAGACGCGAUCUGCGCCGAAGGGAGUCCGGACUUCAGUCGAACACAAUAAGCCGGGGGAAGCCACAAGCUCUCCGCAGCCACGAUGCCGAACACCUCCCUUCGAAGACCACAAAAGGGUUACCGCCGCGGCGGGAAAGCCGCCUACCAUGGCACGCGGACCCGAACAUUCGCGGCCUCGUCCAGCGCCCGCGGCGAGGCGACCUCGACAGACGAGAAGUGGGAACGGACGGCGCUGGCACACCAGAUCGACGAGAACAUGGGCUUUGCGCGCUAUGACGCUGGGCGGAAGCGCGAGGGCUGGCUCGUCAACGUGCAGCCCACUUCGAUCGACGACCCCCGAGUUUCCGGAGGUGGCGGCCGCGCUGCCCUCGACUGCUACUUCAUCGAGGAGGAUGGCUCGACGUUCAAGGCGACGGUCGAAUAUGAGCCAUACUUCCUCAUUGCCUGUCGAAAGGGCCACGAAGGCGAGGUGGAGGAAUGGUGCAAGCGGGUGCCUGGCGGCGGAGUCGUCAAGAGCAUCAAGCGGAUCGAGAAGGAGGAUCUCAAGAUGCCGAACCACCUGCUGGGCUAUCGACGGCCCUUUCUCGAGCUGCGGUUUCACAACGUGCAGGACCUGAUGGCGGCCAGGAGGGAUAUCAUGCCCAUUGCCGAGAAGAACAAGAAGGGGAUGGAUGCCAUGGACACAUACGCCGAGGUCGCGAAUGCGAACGGCAACUUUGAUCUCUUUGACAAAGACCCACGAACUGAUGAUAAACGAAAUAAUGCAUCCUUUGCCGAGGCGAGCGAUUUCAUUGUUGAUAUCCGAGAAUACGACGUCCCAUACCACGUUAGAGUAAUGAUAGACUUGAACAUCCGCGUGGGUAAUUGGUACUUUGUGGAGGCGAAGAAUGGAGUCACGACGGUGAUCCGCAACGAGGAGCGACUGGCACCGGCAGAUCCCGUCGUCAUGGCAUUCGAUAUCGAGACUUGCAAGGCCCCCUUGAAGUUCCCCGAUGCCGCUGUUGACCAAAUCAUGAUGAUGUCUUACAUGAUCGACGGUCAGGGGUUCCUAAUCACCAACCGGGAAAUCGUCUCGGAGGACAUUGCCGACUUCGACUACACACCCAAACCCGAAUACCCGGGGCCUUUCAUGAUCUUCAACGAGCCGGACGAGAAAGCCAUGCUGGAGCGGUUCUUCCUUCACAUCAAGGAGGCUCGUCCCACUGUCAUAGCUACCUACAACGGUGACUUCUUCGACUGGCCUUUCGUCGAGGCCCGUGCUAGCGUCAACGGCAUCGACAUGUACCACGAGAUCGGGUGGAAGAAGGACAGUGAGGACCAGUACAAGUGCAACUACAGUGUGCAUAUGGACUGCUUCCACUGGGUCAACCGUGACAGUUACUUGCCCCAGGGCAGCCGAGGUCUCAAGGCUGUCACGGUUGCCAAGCUAGGAUACGACCCCGAUGAGCUCGAUCCCGAGCUUAUGACACCAUACGCGAGCGAGCGGCCCCAGACACUGGCUGAAUACUCAGUUUCCGAUGCGGUUGCAACUUACUACCUGUACAUGAAAUACGUCCACCCGUUCAUCUUCUCCCUGUGUACCAUCUUGCCGCUUGGCCCGGACGACACGUUGAGAAAGGGGACAGGAACACUUUGUGAAAUGCUCUUGAUGGUGCAAGCUUAUCAACACGGGAUUGUGUUACCAAACAAGCAUAUUGCGCCAAAGGAAGCUUUCUGGGAAGGGCAUCUUCUGGACUCGGAAACAUACGUCGGUGGACACGUCGAGAGUAUUGAAGCCGGCGUCUUCCGAUCCGAUAUUCCUGCCAACUUCGCCGUCGACCCAGGGGCAGUCGACGAGCUCCUGCGCGACUUGGAUGCCGCCUUGACCUUCAGUAUCACGGUGGAAGAGAAGAAGUCCAUGGACGACGUGGUCAACUAUGAUGAGGUGAAGCAGCAGAUCGCCGCCAAACUGCUGGAUCUCAAAGAGACGCCCAACCGCAGCGAGCGGCCCCUGAUUUACCAUCUCGACGUCGCGUCCAUGUAUCCCAACAUCAUGACGACAAACCGGUUACAGCCGGACUCCAUGAUCUCGGAAUCGGACUGCGCCGCUUGCGACUUCAACCGGCCGGGGAAGACGUGCGACAGGAGACUCCCCUGGGCCUGGAGAGGCGAGUACCUGCCGGCGAAGCGGGACGAGUACAACAUGAUCAGGCAUGCGCUAGAGAACGAGAAGUUUCCAGGCAAGGGGGUGAACAGUCCGAUGCGCUCUUGGCAAGACCUAAGCCCCGAGGAGCAGGCUACCCUGACCAAGAAGAGACUCCAGCUUUACUCUCAGAAGGUCUACCACAAGAUCCAUGAGUCCACCACCAUCAUCAGGGAAGCCAUCAUCUGCCAGCGGGAAAACCCCUUCUACAUCAACACCGUGCGAGACUUUCGAGACCGUCGAUACGACUACAAAGGCAAGGCCAAGGUUUGGAAAGGCAAGACUGAAGCAUUGAAAAGCUCCGGCGCCGCAGCCUCGGAAGUGGAAAACGCCAAGAAGAUGAUCGUGCUCUUCGACUCGCUACAACUCGCACACAAGGUCAUCUUGAACUCCUUCUAUGGUUACGUCAUGCGGAAGGGCUCGCGGUGGUACUCCAUGGAGAUGGCGGGCGUGACCUGCCUGACAGGAGCAACCAUCAUCCAACUGGCCAGGUCGCUGGUGGAGCGGCUGGGCCGGCCGCUUGAGCUCGACACGGACGGUAUCUGGUGCAUGCUACCGGCCACAUUCCCGGAAAACUUCGCCUUCAAACUCAAGAACGGCAAGAAACUAGCCAUCUCGUACCCCUGCGUCAUGCUGAACCACUUGGUCCAUGCCAAGUUCACGAACCACCAGUAUCAGACUCUGGUUGAUCCCAAGACCUUCAAGUACGAAACGCACAGCGACAACUCCAUCUUUUUCGAAGUCGACGGCCCGUACAAGGCCAUGAUCCUGCCUACGUCCAAGGAGGAGGACAAGAACCUGAAGAAGAGAUACGCCGUGUUCAACGACGACGGCAGUUUAGCAGAGCUGAAGGGUUUCGAAGUCAAACGGAGAGGUGAACUCAAACUGAUCAAAAUCUUCCAGCAGCAGAUCUUCAAGUUCUUCUUGGAGGGCACCACCCUGGCAGAAUGCUACGCUGCCGUGGCCAAGGUGGCAAACAGAUGGCUGGACGUGCUUCACAGCAAGGGCGCAACCCUCGCCGACGAGGAGCUGAUGGAGCUCAUUUCGGAGAACCGUAGCAUGACCAAGACCCUGGAGGAGUACGCCGGGCAGAAGUCGACAUCCAUCACGACGGCCAAGCGUCUGGCCGACUUCCUGGGCGAAGGGAUGGUCAAAGACAAGGGCCUGAACUGCAAGUUCAUCAUCUGCGCCAAGCCGAGGAAUGCCCCGGUCACGGAGCGCGCCGUCCCCGUCGCCAUCUUCUCGGCGGAAGAAGAGACCAAGCGCAUGUACCUGAAAAGGUGGCUGAAAGAAGAGCCUGCCGACACGGAUCCGCGAGCGCUGCUGGACUGGGACUACUACUUGGAGCGUCUGGGAUCCGUCAUCCAGAAGCUCAUCACCAUUCCGGCUGCCCUGCAGAAGGUGCGCAACCCGGUCCCGCGUGUGCCGCAUCCGGACUGGCUGCAGCGGCGCAUCAACAUCAAGGACGACAAGAUGAAGCAGAAGAAGCUCACCGAUCUGUUCGGGCCGACAACCAAGGGAGGACCCCUGGGCGAGAUUCCUCUUCCCAACACCAACAGUAGCCUUGGUGAUGUAGAGGACAUUGGCGCUCUUCUCAAGCCAAAGACGGUGAUGUCUGCCGUCUCCGCCUCCCAGAAGGCACCAGCGGCGAAUAAGCGGAAGUCUCCUGAACCGGCCGAGAACCAAGAUCCCUUUGCCGCCCUCCCGAAGAAGAUGCCUAACCCGAGCGAGGAUUACCCAGCCUUCUUGGAGUAUCAGAAGCUAAAGUGGAAGCUCCAGAAGCAGGCGCGAGCACGACGACGGCACCUGUUCGGCAACAGGCGUGGAAAUGCCCAGAGCAACCUUCAACACGCGUUCCGGAACCAGGCCGAGAUGACUUUCAAGGGCACUUGGCAGGUACUGCAGCUCAAACCUACCGACAGCCCUGGCAUCGUCCUCGCCUACGUGCUCAUUGACGCAAGGAUCCACGCCGUCAAGAUCAAUGUCCUUCGCCAGGUCUACCUCAACCUCAAGAGCAAAGAACUGCCCGACAUCGAGGUGGAGGGAUGCCAUGUGGAGCAGGUCAACCACACACUUCCGAAUGGCCACCCGUCCGUGCAUCUGUUCAAGCUUACCGUGCCUGAGGAGAUCUAUUUCGCCGAGGCGGAGAAGUUUUCCCUGCUCUUCAACCAUCCCAGCGUGGAGGGCGUGUACGAAAAGCAGCUUCCGCUCAAUCUCCGCGCCGUCCUCCAGCUUGGCAACCGCUGCACCAUCGACCAGAGCCAGGCGGGCGUGCUCGGGAAGGGCUUGGACCAGGGGUUUGACCUGGCCAGUCUGACGAAGCCGGCGAAGGCCAAGCCCUACCUGGAAGCGGCUCAGAUGUCGUACAUCUACCUCUCCCACAUCAGUGCAGGCGAGCGUCAAAUCUACGGCCUGUUCUCCACGGCCGGUGAUCAAGCGCACAUCAUCAUCCAGCAAAAGAGCAGGGACGGCGGCCAAGACCUGCCUAAUAUCUCCAAGUUGUACGCGGACUUCCUCGCCCGUAGGAACCGGGAGGAGCCGGCGGACUCGAAUUGGCAAGAGUGCUUUCCGUAUCAGGAGAAGUUGGCCUUCAAGGUCACCCAGGUCACUACGCGCCGGAAGGCGUUCCUCGAGGUCGGCGACGUCGUCAAGAAGAUGAAGAAGGAGGAAUCGGGGCCUACCAUACUGGUCAUCCAGUCGUCCCAGCGGAACCUGCUCGUGCACGAUAUCCCGAUCCUGGGCGAGUUCCCGGUCCUACCGCUGCGAUACGACCAGGCCGACAGCGCAUUGCCGCCUCUGGGAUGGCAGACCGUGGUCGCCCGUCGGCUGGUGAACCACUACCUUAGCCUCGGGUCAUGGAUCAACCAUCUGACCGCUCUGGCCAAGUAUGGGGACGUUCCGGUCUGCAACCUGGAGCGAGAUGAUCCUCGGUUCCUCAUCGAUGUGGCGUACGCGCGCCGCUUGCAGGCCAACAAUGUCGUGCUCUGGUGGUCGUCUAGUCCGCGACCGGACCAUGCAGGAUACGAAAAGGAUGAUGUCGCCGGGCCCCUCGAUCAGGUCCAGAUGCCAUCUGUCAACAACCCGGGGACCUUCGCCUCCGUCUGCAUCGAUAUCGAGGUCCGCAAUCUCGCCAUCAAUACCAUUCUCACAUCGUCCCUCAUCAACGAGCUGGAGGGUGCCGACAGCAUCUCGUUCAAUCCGGCAGCUGACGGGACCUCGGAUGGAAAUGAGGUCUUGUACGCCGAGAACGCCUUCGCGAAUGCCGGGGUACAAGUCCUCCGGGAGAUGGUCAAGUCAUGGUGGGCCGAAGCCUGCAAGGGAUCGACCAUGGCCGAUGUCAUGGUCCAGCACCUGGUCCGCUGGGUCGAGUCCCCCGCCUCGUGUCUGUACGACCGGGCGUUGCACUAUUACGUGCAGAUGAUGAGCCGAAAGGCGCUUCUGCAGCUUAUGGCAGAUUUCCGCCGCGUCGGAUCACAGGUCAUCUAUGCCAGCCCCAACCGGCUCCUCCUGCAGACGACCAAGUCCGAGGUUGGCAACGCCUACGCCUACGCUCAGUACAUCCUCAAAAGCAUCAAGUCGAAGCCGCUCUUCCACUUCAUCGACCUAGACAUCAAGGAGUACUGGGACUACCUCGUGUGGUACGACGAGUUCAACUACGGCGGAAAAGCGUGCCAGCAGGUGGUGGAGAAGGACGAGCAAGAUCUCCAGAUGAUCAUGCACUGGCAGCUGGCGACCUUCCUCCCCGUCCGGCUCCAGCCCAUCUUCCGCGACUGGGUCGUCGAGUUCAUCGAGCUGAUGCACAGCAUCAAGCGGCCAGCGACGGGAAGCGAUCCCACCGCCACCCCGCGCCUGACGCAACUCCCUAUCCGCAACGGCAACGCCGGACUGGCCGAAGACGCGCCGGGGCAAAUCAUCCUGGGCAGGGCCUUCGAGAAGCCGCUCAAGAAGGAGAUCACGAACCUCAUCGCCACGCAGAAGCGCGAGCUCCUCCACCCGGAGCUCGCACCAGACUACACCUUCCCGGCGCUACCGGGCUCCCACCUCGCCGCGCUGACCCCCAAACAAUCCAGCCUCCUCACCACGUCAACAGCAACAACAACAAAAGCCCCCUCGGCCAACCCGGUCCUGGAGCUGGUCAAAUCCCUCAUGCAGGUCUUGUCGCUAGACAAGAACAUCACCCUAGAAGCCCGCCUGCUGCGCAAGGAACUGUUGGCCUUGUUCGACGUGCGCGAGUUCUCCCGCGAGGGCACCUUCCAGAACCCGUCCGAGUCGCUGCGCCUGCCGCAGCUGAGCUGCGAUCACUGCACCAUGGCAAGGGAUCUGGAUCUCUGUCGUGACGAGGACCUUCUUCCCCCUCCUCCUCCUCCCACUUCUUCUGGGGAAGCGGCGGGGGGGUGGAGCUGGCGCUGUCUGUACUGUGAGCAGGAGUAUGACCGGAACGAGGUUGAGGAGAGGCUGCUGGCGGAUGUGGAAGGCUUGGUGGUGCAGUGGACGACGCAGGAUCUCAAGUGUGUGAGGUGUGGUGCGUUGAGGGUGAAUGAGUUCAUGGAGCACUGCACUUGUAGUGGCGAGUGGAAGGAGAGUGUUGAUAAGGGCCUGGUGGUGAGGAGGUUGGCGGUGUAUAGGAAUGUGGCGAGGUUUUAUGGGCUGCGGAUGUUGGGGGAUGUGGUGGAUGGUGUUUUGGCGGGGUUGUGAUGGACUAGAACGGAGGGGGAGGUCGGCUUCGAGGUUGUACAUACUGUGUGUGCCAUUCGGGUGGAUGUUGUUGACGGUAACUUCCGACUUAGGAGCAAAUGGAAUUCCUUGUUUGCUUUUCACAGUUGUAAAACUUCAGCUUCACUCCGGUUGCCCUAAUAUGCAGCGAAGCGCCGUGCUGUUCCUGGAUCAAUUCAAGAUUUGAA